AUGAGCCAGUACGGGUACGGAGGAAGGCAGAACCCCUUCGACCAGAGGGACGACGCUGGCGGAUAUGGGGCCCCUCAACAAGGCUACGGUGCGCCGCCAGCACAGUCCUAUGGCGGCAGGAAUCAGUACAGCCAGGGACAAGACUCCUACGGUGCCGGCUCGAACGUCGAGAUGGCCCCCCUCGCCCAGAACGCAGGCAGUUUUGGACAGGGCGAUCCCAACGCCAUUCUGAACGAGUGCCGCUCUAUUGACUCUGGAAUUGACGAGGUUGAGCGCAAUCUGGACCAGCUGCGCAUGCUUCAGGACCGUGUUCUCGCCGACGCCGACACAUCGGGCGCCAGCCCUGCGAAGCGCCAGCUCGAUGGCAUUGGCAGCGAGACUAUGACCAUGUACCGCGCUCUCGUUGAUCGCGUCCGUGUCGUCAAGUCCAACCCCGACUCUCGUACGCCCAAGAACAGCCCUCAGGUCGGCCGCGUCGACCGCCGCCUGAAGCAGGUUAUCCAGCAGUACCAGCAGAUCGAGUCGACCUUCCGCAAGAAGACCCAGGAGCAAAUGGCCCGCCAGUACCGCAUUGUGCGACCCGAUGCGGAUGAGAGCGAGGUCCGCCAGGCAGUCGAGGACCCCAACGGCGGCCAGGUCUUCAGCCAGGCCUUGAUGCAAAGCAGUCGCCAGGGCCAGGCACGUGCUGCCCUCAACGCUGUGCAGGACCGCCACGCAGAGAUCCAGCGCAUCGAACAGCAGAUGGUCGAGCUGGCUCAGCUCUUCCAGGACAUGGACACCCUUGUCGUGCAGCAGGAGGCAGCCGUCGCCCAGAUCGAGCAGAAGGGCGAGGAGGUUGCCGAGAACCUAGACAAGGGCAACGAGGAAAUUGGCGUCGCCGUCGACACGGCAAGGAAGACCCGCAAGAAGAAGUGGUGGUGCCUGGGUAUCUGCGUCCUCAUCAUCCUCAUCAUCGUCGGCGCGGUUGUUGCCUAUGUGAUGAUCAACAACAGCAACAAGAACAACAACAACCAAAAGCGAGCACUCGACCUCACCUCUCUACCUAUCGUCAACUCUGUGCCCGUGGACGCAGACACCAUGGUCCGUGUAUUCAAGGACAAGAUGGUCCGGCCAGGAGACUUGCAGCCCGGCGCGAACGCUGCCCGCGACAACUGGGCUGCUGGUCAAGCACGCAACAUCCGUGUGGCACCACCACAAUUCUAA